AUGUCCACCUCCUCGAACUCUCAAACACGCUACAAGCUUGUCUAUCGUGUCCUCCCAUCUCACCUCUCCGCAACAAAAGAUGCCAUAUUCGCUGUGGGUGGUGGAGUGUACGCCGGUGGAAAAUACAUAAAAGUUUGUUUUGAAAUUCCCGGAUUCGGACAGUUUUUACCAGUAGCAGAGAAGGGAGCUGUGCCUCACACAGGGCAAGUAGGCGUCUUGGAACGAACAGAGGAGGUCUUGGUGCAUAUUUUGUGCACCGGGGAGGAAGUUACAAGGAAAGCAGUUGAGGCAUUGAAGAGGACACACCCGUACGAAGAAGUGAGUUAUGAGGUUUAUAAACUAGAGGACUUUUGA